CACUGACAGACAGACAAGGCAAGAUGUCGGCAUUGCAGACGUUCCUGCUGGUCGUCGACCACGACAAGCAGGAGGCUAAGCAGAUCGCGGAACGCAUUGCUCAAGACGUGGAGAGCAAGAAGACCUCCCUCAUUGAUGUCGUGCAGUCGCUGGGCGAGUAUAUCAACGACGAUGACGCCAUCCUGCGAGGCAAGGCCGUGUCCUACCUCACCGCGGUGAUCAGAGCUCUCCCGCCGAAGUUCCUGUCGAGGCAGCAGAUUCAGGUCCUCACGACUUUCUUCAGUGACCGGAUUGAGGAUGGAGGGGCUGUCGCUGGGUUGGAGACUCUGCAGAAGCUCGAUCGGUUUAACAAGGCGCUGGCUGAGGAGGUUGCUCAGGCUAUCUUCGAACACUUCCAGGAACUCCAGUCUCGCUCUCAAUCCCAACGGUUCCAGGUCUAUACGUUGCUCAAUGAACUGAUGAUCAACCAUCGCGCCGCCCUGCAUGACAUGGGCGAUCACUCCCUUGUUGGCAUAGUGGACCUGAUGACGGGCGAGAAAGACCCGCGCAACCUGAUGCUGGUGUUCUCGAUCCUGAAGGUGGUGAUGAUGGAAUGGGAUGUCUCCAACCAUGCCGAGGUUCUGUUCGACUCUGUCUACAACUACUUCCCCAUCACCUUUAAACCCCCGCCGAACGACCCGUACGGCAUCACCGCGGUAGACUUGAAGGGCCGUCUCCAAGAUUGCAUUUCGGCGAACAGCCAGUUUGCUCCGCAUGCCAUCCCGGCUCUGCUGGAUAAACUCGACUCGACGUCUCCCAAUGUCAAGAAAGACGCCCUGAACGCUCUGAUUGCGUGUGUCAAGUUGUACGACCCAAACACCGUGUCCAAGUAUUCGAUCACGAUUUGGGAAACCCUGAAGUUCGAGAUCCUCAAUGCCCAGGAGGAAUUCCUCUCCGAUCUUUCCCUUGAGGUCUUGAGUGCCAUUGCGCAGCGGCUGUCCGAGGGCGUCACGCAGAUCUCCGAUCAGUUGCCUCUCGCGCAGUACUUGCGUCCCAUCACCAAAGAGUGCAGCGAGCAACUGCAGGAGCCCCAGCAAAAGCAGGCCAAGCCGGCUCAGCUGAUCCUGAGCUCUGUCUCGGCCGCCUCGGCCGCUUCAUUCACCCUCAUUGUCCAGACGGUCGUUGCGCCACUCUUGACAAUCUAUCAAGGAGCUGAUGGCAUUGCCAAGCAAAGAGCCCUGUUGGAGACAUUCGGCGUUCUCUUCAACGCUGCCAUCCAAGUAUUCGGCGAGUGGACCACGCGUGACCCGGAACCCACCAUCGACAACCCCCUGCUCGAGUUCAAAGACCAGUUCUCGGACAUCUUUGGCCAGGCCCUGAUGGGAGUGAUCAAGGAGGAGGGUUCUUUCCGUGUCUCCGCUUUGAAGGGAUUCCUGCGUCUGUCAACUCUGCGCAACUACUUCCAGGACAACGAAAUUGGGCUAUUCGUGCAGUACCUUGACGAGAUUCUCCUCAAGGAGGAAUCCGUGGGUCGCGAUGACCUGAAGAAGGAAGCAAUCGCCGCCCUGACCGAGAUCUCCAAGCACAAGCCACGCCUCAUCUUGGACAUCACCUUCCCUGCUUUCGUGGCUACCCUUCCCGACUCUGAUGACGGGUCAGGCUCCGACUACAUAUCCACCCUCGAGACCCUCGCGCAGAUCAGCGCGGAGAAGGACAUCUUCGACACUCUGGUCCGUCGACUCCUCAGCAAGCUGAACAUCCUGCUGCAGAAGGAACAGCCAGGAUCCGUGGACUACCCCCGGGACAUCCUCCUCACGAUCCUCUACGUCAUGAACCAACGCAAACUGGACCAAGACCCGAACCUCGACCUCUACUACGACAAAAUCGUCGUGAGCCUAUGCCGCAGCGCAACGGCCGCAGCUUCCGGCAACGCCCCGAACACCAUCCUGACCGAGGCCACCGUCCUGGACGUGCUCGGCAAGCUGUGCAACCUCAUCAUCCGGUCUCUCCCAAGAAGCAAGCAGGAUGAAGUCGCCGAAAACGUCUACACGCUCUUCACCCCGGCCGAGGACUUCCAGCCCGUGCCCUUCUCCCCCUCCCCCAGCGACAACCACCGCCGCACAAUGAUCAUCUCCACCUACCUGCUCGCCAGUCUCCCAACCGACAGCAAGGCCCUCCCCUACAGCACCCCGAACAUGACCCCCCUCCUCUCCGACAUCACCACCCGCUGCGUCGCCGAAACCUCGCCAGCCACCAGCCUGGCCCUCCUCCGACACCUCGCCCUGCUGGCCAACAAAUUCCUCCCCAAGACCGACCUCGACCAGGCCACCACCCUCCUCGACACCCUCCUCCCGGCCACCACCCUAACCACCGAUCUCCCAUUCACCCUCCCCCCAACCACCAUCCAGACCAUCUUCUGGCUCUCCAAAGCCCUCAUCCUGCGCCUCGCCCCCAAAACCACCCAAAUCCUCACCACCCUCCUCGCGCUGCUCUCCUCCCCCGACCCCACAACCAGCACCACCUCCGCCCGCGCCUUCACCAUCCUCCUCCACGACGACAACGUCCUCUCUGUCCCCAACGGCGCCAACAUCCGUCUCCUCUCCAAACAACGCGUCUUCACCACCCUCAUCCCCCUCAUGUCCACCCGCAUCCGCGAAGUCAACACCGCCACCUCCCCCCAAGAACCAACAGCAUCAACAACAACACACAUCAAACCCGCCCACCUAACCGCCCUCUCCGGCAUCCUCUCCACCAUCCCCCCAUCCCUCGUGAUGCCCGAACUCCCCACCCUCCUCCCCCUCCUCCUCCAAAGUCUGGACCUCCAAUCCGCCGACUCCACCCCCGUCCGCGCCGCCACCCUCGACACCCUGUCCGUCAUCAUCCGCGACAAUGGCGUCCGCGUCAUCGACGACUGCGGGCACGUGCAGAGUCUCGUGUCCCGACUCCUCAGCACAGCAGAACAUGCCCCUGCCUCCGGCGCAGUCAAUACUCCUCGUCUGCGCGUCGGCGCCAUCAAGUGUCUGUUUCUGCUGGCACAGGUGCCUUCGGGUUCGGGUUCCGAUGCGCCUGCUGUCGCGAAGGCGGGGACCCUCUCGCCGCUUCUCUCGGUGAAGAAUCAGGUGUUGAGGGCGCUGCUGUUCGUCUUGGAUGAUCCCAAGCGCGAUGUGCGCAAGGCGGCGGUCGAUGCCCGUGCCGCUUGGUUGAGGGGCGUGGAUGAUGCCCCGGAUGAGAAUGAUGAUUGAUUGAUUGAUCGAUUCCUUCACUAGUUGAUUGAUCAUAUCUAAAAUUUCUGUUGUUUCUUUUCUACCAUUCUUUUUCUUCUCUUCUCUUUUUUUCUUUUUUCUUCCCUUUUCUUUUCUUACUUUUAUGCAUUGAUGCUGCCCUGGUUGUGUCUUCUCUUUCUCUCCCGGACAUAAAAUGUGUUUGCUUGGGUCUUGUUGUUGAUUGAUGGAUAGAAGGGAGAUUUCGGACAGGCUGUGGUAUUUUUUUCGCGCAUAUAAAUAGAUAGUAGAUGUUUUUGGACUUUGUGGUUGUCGAGUGGAGAUCGACUUGAUCGGUCUGAGGGUCUACGGAAAUAGUUGGCGGGUUUGCGCCUGCAGAUAGACCCUAUAUACCAUCUAGAAAAGGUAUAAAACAAGGGAUGCCUCGUUUCAAAUAGUACUAUGGACCAAUUCGAUUC